AUGGUACAAAAUGACGUUGGAGGGGCUCCGCAAACCGGCGUCGCGGAUAGAGGAAGCCAGGCGCUCACUGGGAAGCAAGAGCAUUAUCUGAAGCGGGAGCUGAUUUCCCAACAAGUCAAAUUUGAGAUUACCGAGUUGAAUUCCCCGACGGCUUUACAAAGAUUCGGCGCCCCUUUCAAAUCCGAGUUUGGGGAGGUCUCCCCUCUUGAUUCCGACCUGCCCAUCUUGCGGUACAUCUUCGUGCACAAUGUACGCGAGUUCCCGUUCUUGGAUAAGGCGAAGGAGAAGGAGUUCUGGCAGGACAAGUUGCAGGUGUUCCUAGAAUCCUUUGCCAAUAAGCAUAUCUCUUCCUCGGAGGAUCGGCUCGAAGAGACUAAACGCAGAAAGCUUUCCAUAAAAGCCCAAAAGUUGGUGGAGCUAAUGAUGGUAUCGGGAGUACCUACGGCUUCUGGAUACGAAGAACGGAUACGCUUCUCAGAGUUGGAGGUUGUGGAUGCCGGCGCUAUCGACCAUGGCGUACUGUCAACGUUGCCAGAAGGCCAUUAUAUGAACGGUUGGGAUGUCAAUGUUGCAGGUGUCAGAGCUACAUCCGUGAAGCGGAAUAUCAGGCACCACAAACAUGCGCAAUUCAUCCUCAGAGUGAAGAGGAAAAAUGAGCGCGAAUUCUUUAUUGGUAGGCGCUAUGGUGACUUCAGCAGGCUUCAUAAGCGGCUACGGACAGAGUUGCCAGGCAAAAUCCUCCCGGCCAUGCCCAGGAAGAACAAGCAGAGUUCAACAGCAUCUAAUUUACUGAGUGCCGCUAUCGGGCGUGAUGAAGAUGCUUCCUCUAUAUCAUCUGUCUCUACGACGGGAACCGGGGCUCUUGAUGGCUCUGUCAAGAAUCUAUCAGUCAAAGACCAUCGUCACAGCCUUUCCUCAAAUUCGCCGGGGAGGUCUUCUCCACGAGCUUCAAUGGAAACGUCUGCGGAAGGGAAACUACUCCCCAAUUCUGAGCCAGAGCAAACCGUAUUAUGGCGCGAGAACCAACGGAUUUCACUUCGAGCAUUCCUACGAUCACUCCUGACAGACCCCCAGAUUGCGGGGACACGAGCUAUAUCCGAGUUUCUAACCGCGGACCCAAUAACUCCCACCGUUGCAGACGUGGAAGAAAUCGCGCGACGAAAAGCAAUGGAUGAGAAACGAGUCGAAGAGCAAAGACGAUUUUAUGAGGUUGCUAGGAAGCGCGCGGCAGAGCUCGAUGUGUACAUGGAACAAUUCCGUAGAGAUAUUGUUGAGAGCAAUGGCCUCACAAAGCUCUUUGCAGAAAUCAAAGACAAGGCAACCAUCCAAGAUCUCAGCCUACAGUAUCAGAAAUUUGCUGAAUGGCUGCGAAUCGAGGUGGCAGCAACCAUUUACCACUUAUUCCUAGCGGAAGACAACUCUCCGGAACUUUUCGCCCAAGCCAGGAAAAUACACUCAAUGAUACCCUAUACCAUCAUUAAAAAUGCUAUUCGGAUAGCGAAUCCGGCUGCUGUUAUGGCUAGUAUCCUCGAUAUAUUUCUGGCCCAACCAUUCGGCGCUAGAUCGCUCAUGCAACGGAUAUUCUCUCUUACGCUACACGACGGCAUUAGAAGUUUCCAAAAAUCAAUUGAUGCAUUGGUGUCAAAAAUUGGCGAGCCGGUUUUCUGCGAGAGGUUACAGAAGUUCGCCAAUGCCUCAGAGGUUGACAAGAACACCAUCCGGCUCGAGUCAGAUGAGGAAAGUGUUGACUUGAUCAUCUCCAUACUGAGAUCGGAGUUGAUUGAGCCUCCUUUAAAUUCUGCACAGAUAGGCAAGAUAUACAACGCUUGGGUGGCCUGGAAUAAUGCAGUGGAUAACGUCGACGAGGAGAUGAAGCAAGGAGCACAAUUAUUUUCGUACUUGAAACAACUUCUUAAGUUGUAUACGAGGCAACGAGACAAGGCCAUGAUGUUGAGUAUGAUUGAGGAACCAGUCACCUUGCAGCUGCUUCGGGAUCUUUUCACCAUCUUCUAUGAGCCACUUGUCCGGGUCUAUAAAUCAGCAAACGUCUACAACAGCGUUACUGACUUCGCAGUUUUCAUCGACGACAUGAUUCAAGUGGUGGAAAAGUGCCGCGAACAAGACGUAUCCGCAGACCCUAAUCAAACCGUCCAAGCUUUCAUCGAUCUUUGCCAGCGUCACGAACAUAACUUCUACAAAUUCGUCCAUGAAGUGCAUACACAUGAUAACGGGCUAUUCACUCAAUUAAUGGGUUGGAUCGAAGGUAUCCUUGAGUUCCUCCGGCACGGUCCCAAAGGAGGAAAGCUGGAUAUCAAUGCCCUCGUUGCGGGUGCUGUUAGCGUUGGCCAAGUGGAUAAGGGGAAGGUUGUUGACGAGAUCAACAAACUAAUAUCAUGGCAAGAGGCACGUAAGAAAUGGCAUCAAGAUAAAACGCGCCAGAAGAUGGCUGCCGAGGGUGUAGGAACCGGGGGUAUAGAAACUAUUCCCGGCGGCGUUGCGUUCAAGAGCACAGACUUUGGGCUCGACCAGAUGGAUCUCGAGGAUAUCAAUUAUGAAAAUAGCGGGAGUAGUGAUGAGUCUGAGAAUGAAGAUGAUCUUGACCCAAUUGAGGCGGAGAGGAAACGCAGAGCCAGGAAGCAAGACCAUCUGAGGAGGACAGCAGGGGAACCUGAGAAACCCGCUGUGAUGGAGGUAUACAAGUUACAGGAUAACUUUAUAGCUAUGCUGAGAAUGGUUCUCGCGGAUUGA